AAGACCAUUACAAUAGUCAAGUCUGUUUGAGAUAAAAGCAUGGAUGAGCUUCUCCUGAUCUGCUUGACACAUCCAAACCUUCACUCUGUAGCCAUGUUCAUUAGAAUAUGGAAAUAUUCAUUCAUUUUGAUUUUGAUCUAUAUUUUGCAAUAGCUGAGAAGUUUUAUGGGGAGUUUUAAGCAUAUAGCAAAAGUGCAGAUGCAAUGAUUGAAUUUAUUGUCACGAGUAAAUUGCGACUUUUUUUUCCUGUUUGAAGUAUGAAUUAUUCAGGAAGUGGGACGUGUGUGACUUCGCUGAUCGUGAGAUUGAAAACCCUUCACUUUACGGCAGUGGCGCAAAUGCUUGCGGGGGCGUUCGGGACAUUUGCGCAGGCCGCAGAUGGCACGCGCGUCCUCCGCCGUUCCCCCCGACGUCCCCUCCCCAAUUUGUGCCGCGCGUGCCUUUCAAAUGAGGCCCAAAUUGAAUAGAGCCGCUUCGAUUUGGAAAAAGACAUUUAUUGGCUUUUUGAGGGCGGGGCCCCACGCGUUGCACUUUCUAUUACGUGACAUUUUUUGCAGUGAUGAUAAAUGUAUGCGGCAGUUCACGUCAAAACAUAUCCAAAACAUAUUUGGGUAGAAUUAUGAAGAGAUUAUUUUUGUUUUCAUUUUUUUUUUUUUUUUUUCCAGUUAUGGCCCCAAUACCCGAAAGUGGGACGGGGGCGGUUAUAAAAGCAUUUGCGGGGGCGGGUGGGGGCGGAAGGGUUAAAGCAGCUUAAUAACAGCUCAACAGAUGCACAAAACGUUUUGCAUUGCGCCAUCCUAAUUACAAUAUGCAAAUGAGCCGCAGGCUCGACGGCGUCUUCAUUGGCUCAAUAAAAGUCGUGACCAUGAAAUCGCUCAUGUGCACGUUCUGGACCUUGAUAGGAAUGACGAGCGUCGGUCGUACUUGGCUCCAACAACAACAACAACAACAACUUUGAGCUCACGUUUGAACACAAAGUUUCACAUUUUUUUGUAACACGUUACAACAUUUUGUGGCUAUCGCACCUUAACUCGAAUUUGGGUUCAUGUUUUGCUCCAAAUCAUAUUUUGUGGAUGGAUGGCUUCUAACACUUGUUGAUAUUUUUUGCUCAAUCUAUAUUCUGCAUGUUUUGAUUGAUAUUUUUCUCAAUCCAUAAUAUGCUUGUUGGCAGAAGAAUUUUCUUUUUGUCGGAUAGUUUUGUCAUUUUGUGGGUAUUAAAUUGAUGAUAACCUGGGAGCUACCGUAAAAAAUCGUCAAUUCAAAGGUUUUCUUUAAUAACGAUCUGAGCCAUUAUUAACAAUUUGUACAUAAUUAUGUGAUAACUGCACAUUUAUUUUUUUAAACCAAUUAACAUAGUUUCUAGAUGUAUGUGAUUAGAAAUUGUCCUUGUUUCUCUCAGUCAGUCAUAUAUUCCCCCCCCCCCCAUUUUUCUCUCCUCCAUAAAAUGAGCGGAUAACGUUUUUGGUUCGUGUGUUUUCUUCCAUCUUUAUCAUUAUUCCAAUCUCAUAUAUGAGCAAAUAAAGGUGCAAUUCUUGAGCAAUAUUAAGCAGCUGCUUUCCUAAAAGGGUAAUCAUAAACAUGGCGUGCAUUUGGAUGUUUAAAAAGGACAUUUUCGUUUCUUCGGAGCCGAUUUUUAACAACCCAGGACGUCAAGUGUGAGUUUUUUUUGGGGGGGGGGUUUGGCGAAAUGUCCUCCGCGAGGCUCCCGCUGCUUUCCAGAGGAUUUGCGGAGAUUCUUGCGCCUCGUUGCAGCCAUCAGACGCAAUUACAAAAAGUAAAGUGAGGUCAAAAAUGUAGGUCUUCCCUUUGGAAAUGAAAAAUAGCUUAAAAUGGGGGGAGCGGGAAGGGUAAGGGUCGUAGUGGAAAGCUCAAUGUGGAGUGUGCGAGUUCUCAUGAUUGGCCGCCGCCUGUUGCCUGCCACCGGGUGUGGGGGUUGGGGGCCUGGAGGGGGGGGGGGGGGUCAGAUAAAGAGAAGCAUCCCGUCUGCAGCGCAGCAAACGAAAAGUGAAAUCUCAGCAGCGACGCCAUGACCGGCAAGGACGGCGUCGUGCUUUCGGAAAACGCCGAAAAUAAGCAGCGGGCCGCCGUGGCGGCCCCCGCCUGCAAGAUGCCCCCUGCGGCGCACCGCCGCACCGGCUUCGGCAUCCAGGAGCUUCUGGGACUUGGCAAGGAGCCUCCUCAGCCUCCUCCGCCGCCCCCGCCCCCGCCCCCGCCGUCGCUGUCGCCCGCCACCGCCGCCGCCGCCGCCGCCGUCGCCGCUCUGAGGCGGCCGCUGGAGGCCCUGGCCCAGCACCGGGGCCACGUCCUGGCCGCCCGCUCGGCACCGGGGCACGGCGUCGGCCUGCUGGGCCCCGACGGCGUCCGCUCCUUGUUCGGCCAGGCCGGCUUUCUGGACGCGCGCAACUUGCAUCUGCAGCCGCUGCACGCCAGGCCCGAGAUGCUCCAGUCGGCCAGUUCGGAUUCCGAUGACGCGAGUCUUGCCUCCAGCGAGAAAAAGUUCUCCAAAUCCUCCUUGAACCAAAGCAAAAAAAGAAAGAAAAGACGACACAGGACAAUUUUCACGUCGUAUCAGCUGGAGGAGUUGGAGAAAGCCUUCAACGAGGCACACUACCCGGACGUGUACGCCAGGGAGAUGCUGUCCCUGAAGACGGAGCUGCCCGAGGAUCGGAUACAGGUUUGGUUCCAGAAUCGGCGGGCCAAGUGGCGCAAGCGAGAGAAGUGCUGGGGCCGGAGCAGCGUGAUGGCCGAGUACGGCCUGUACGGCGCCAUGGUCCGCCACUCCAUCCCGCUGCCCGAGUCCAUCCUGAAAUCGGCCAAGGGGGGCGUGACCGAGUCGUACGCGCCGUGGUUACUCGGUAUGCACAAGAAGUCGGCGGAGACGCCGCCGGACGAAAGAAGCGGCGGCACCGAGACGCCGUCGAAACGGGGGGGGGCCGGGGGCGGCGACGAACUGCGGGUGCACAGCAUCGCCGUGCUGCGGGCCAAGGCGCAGGAGCACAGCGCCGAGGCGCUGGCCGCGCCCGGGCGACAGGACCAAACUGUGGGGGGGUCGACGGAGGACCGCACGGACAAAUGAGAACCUUUCGGGGCAACGUUGGAAACGGACGUGACGGACGGGCCAGGGACGUGAUCCCGCCCCUUCCCCUUCCUCCAACUUAAAAAGGACACAUACAUAAAUAAACGUACACCGUCAAGCCGGCGAUUUUGCGCCUUCGGCAACAAAUCGUAGACGUCCACCCGCAAAAGCGGAACUCGCAUUUUCGCUUUUGUGGACAUUAAGAACAGCAAAGAUUGAAAAAUAUCAGACAUUUUAUGUUCAAACGCCGAUUCCAAUGUCUGACGUAGCGGCUCGCUAGCCACCAGCUGAGCUACGUUGCGUUUGCCCCAAGUGCUAGCUAUGCUAUGCUAUGCUAGUUAUUUGCCUCAGGCGCGACUCCAACGUAGUUGAUUCAAUGUAGACGUGCUCGCUGUUGUUGCUGCUUCCAAAUGUUCAUUUCGUGAUAGAAUGACGCUAAUAUACUUGCGACUUUCAUUCUUUUCUCUGCUUCGUCUUGUGAAGGUUAGCAGCCCGCCUUCCCCGCUGUCAAGUUAGCUGCGCCUUGGUUCACGUUCGCCUUUAAGCGGUCGGCAUCGGGGCGCUCCAGAAAGAGCAGCAGAAUACUGGGAUGGUUGCGUUUUUCAGUGAAUACGAGGCGGGGACUUGUCGAAUUGGGACGAUUUUGCUGUUCGUUUAACGUUUGUUCUACUCGUUCGUGAGAAGCGCAAGAAAAAUCCGGUCACGCCGUGACCUCUGACCUCGUCACUUGGAAGAUCCCCGACUUACAAUGUGAACAAAAGUGUAUCAUAGUUUCAAUUUCUGUUUGUCUUUGUAUAUAUGU